UCUCCCUCUCUCAGCUCUCUCUUUCUCUCUCUAACCAAGCGGUAGCUUUCUCUCUCUAACCACCGAAAGAGUCUGAAAGCCAUGGGCCUCAACAAAGCACCCGAACCGUUAAAACUUCUCUGCAGCUAUGGCGGUAAAAUCCUCCCUCGACACUCCGACGGCACGCUCCGGUACGUCGGCGGCCACAAUCGCGUCCUCUCCGUCGGAUCAUCCAUUACGUAUACAGAGCUAAUGGUGAAGCUUGCGGAGUUGUGUGGCUAUUCCGUUGAAUUGCGGUGUCCGUUGCCGAACGGAGACUUGGAGACCUUGAUUUCCGUCAAGUCCGACGAGGAUUUGGCGAAUAUCAUAGAAGAGUACGGUCGAGCGUCUUCUCCCCCUCAUUCUCUGAAGAUCCGAGCCAUUCUCUCGCCGCCGAAGUCCCUGAAGCAAAUCUCGCCUCCGAUGUCCACUGCUACGAGCGGCGGCGACUCGUCCCCUUCCAAAUCGCUCUUCUCAUCCGCUGAUUCGCCUCGAGUUUCGCCCCCGCAACGGUUCGUUUCGCCUCAAGUUUCGCCACCGAGGCGGUACGUUUCGCCGCACGUAUCGCCACCAAAACGGUAUGCUUCGCCGCCGGCUAGAUACCCCGCCGGUCAUCAGCGAGGGUUCGGACGAGUCUGCUACUAUCCUUGCCAUCUCCAGCCUCAGGGUCAGAGGAGUGGCCCCUGCGACAUGUCGUAUGUUCAUCAUUAUCAGCAGUAUCGUCACUACCACCAUCAUCCUCGCGUUCCCCACUGCGACAUGUCGUAUGGAAGGAGCUUCACACAGAGGACAUAG